GAUUCCGUCAUCCUGAUGAGCAGCCCGCGUACAGAAUAAGCUGUCUCGCUCUCGCACGCGUGCCCUAGCCGGACACCGCGCACCGCCGGCCAAUUUCUCCAGCCAAGACACCUUGCCGACCCCGGAAUCCCCCAAAAUCGCAUUCCAGGCCGCAAAAUUUUUAGUCAAUCUCGCCGCCGCACAGUCCCACGCGGCGACGCGAUGCCGAAGAAGAUGGGCGUGAACUCCAAGGCGGAGGCGGCCCGCGAGCGCCGCUCCGCCGCGGAGGCCGACCGCCGCAACCACCAGGAGCGCGCCAAGGAGGAGCAGUACUGGGCCGAGGCCGAGGGCACCAAGUCCCGCGCCGCGCGCCGCCGCCAGGAGGAGGCCGAGAAGCGCGCCGAGGCCGCCGCUCGCAAGGCCGAGAACCGCCGCCUCGCCGAGGCCGAGGCUGCCGCCGUGGCCGCCUCCGCCUCGGCGCCGUCCAAGGCGGCCGCGCGCAAGGCAGCCCGCGUCGCCGCCCCCGCGCCCAAGGUCACCGAGGCCGAGCUCGCGCGCCUCCGCGAGGAGGAGCGCCUCCGCCUCGAGCGCGAGGCCGAGGCCGCCAAGAAGCGCGCCGCGCGGACCGCCGAGGAGGAGGAGUAUGAGCGCGUCGUCCUCGUCGCUAACACCAACAGGGACGACUCCGUUAUCGAGGCCAGAUCGGUCGACGAGGCAAUCGCCCGGAUGUCGAUCGUUGACUCGCAGGCGGCCCUGCCCGCAGACAAGCAUCCCGAGCGUCGCCUCAAGUCGUCCUUCAAGGCAUUUGAAGAGGCUGAACUCCCUAAGCUGAAGGAAGAAAAGCCAGGCCUAACUCUGAAUCAGUACAAAGACAUGAUUUGGAAACUAUGGAAGAAGUCUCCAGACAACCCUCUUAACCAGGCUGCUGAGUGAUGUUGCAUUCCUACUGAACCGCUUGAGUAAUUUCUUCAAUAUUCGCAACUUAUAUGGGCUCAUUCUACUGCCGUCAAAUUUCAUGAACAUAGCAUAUUGCUUUCUUAAAUGCAGACCAAUCCAAAAUAGGGCUGAACUUCAUCGAUAUCUGUCUUGGACUGGAUGCACAGCAGAGCCCGAAUCAGACAGAUGUUUCAGUAUUUUUUGGCUAAUAAUUUUCAAAUUGCUGCAGUGUAUAUCGAUAUAGAGAUAUUCAUGUUCCUUUUUGUGCUUAAUGUGGUUGGGGCAUGUUGGUAUCCCCAAAUAUGUUUAGCGUGUAUUAGUAGUUCGAAUUUUGAACAAACUGGUAUCAUGGACUAAACCGUGAUAGCGAUGCCAUUGUGUAAUACAGGUAACCUCUUGCAUGUCGGGCUUAAUAUGUCAUUGUGUUGUGCUUAA